CCUCCUCCCGCUUUUAUAAUUUCUCACCCUUUCAUAUCUCCGCUCUCCUCUCUCUCUCUCUCUCUCUCAGUCAACCAUUUCUGAUUUCUCACCUGCAGUAACAUCUCUCUCUGAAGCCCCGAGUGCGGUAAGACUGGGAGACCUCGAAGCUCGAGUUCAUUUCCCAACGCAACAGGCCACAAUCUUAUUGAUUCAACGAAGGCCCUCUCUCUGCGUCAUUGGAUUUUCUUUGUUCCGAAACAGCCUCCUCGUCUCAGAUCUCUAAACGACACAAACUCCUCCCACCGGUGGUCGAUCGCUCAGACUGCUGCAGAGUAUGACCAACGUAGAGAGAAUUUUAUGAAGGAGCUGGAUUUUGUCUUAGCUGAUGUGUUUAUGGCCAUAAUUGCAGAUUUUAUGCUUGUCUGGCUUCCUGCUCCCACAGUAUCUCUUCGGCCACCUCUUGCAGUCAGUGCUGGAUCUAUUGCUAAGUUCUUCCACAGCUGUCCUGAUAAUGCCUUUCAGGUUGCAUUGGCUGGAACAUCCUAUUCAUUUUUACAGAGAAUAGGAGCCAUAGUGUGUAAUGGAGCCAAGCUUUUUGCAGUUGGAACCAGCGCAUCUCUGGUUGGCACAGGUGUAACCAAUGCCUUGAUUAAUACAAGAAAGGCAGUUGACAAGUCUUUUGCUGAUGAAGCUGAGGAAGUCCCUUAUCAACCAGUGUUGCCUAUGGCGUUUAUAUGGCCGUUUCUAGCAACCUUAGGAUGCUGCAGUUAUAAAUCAAUGGAGGUUCUCCAAGCUGCAAGAGUACAAAGAUAGAAACAUUGAAACUGAGGAUAAUCUGAAAUCCUACUUGGAGUUAAAAGUCCCAGUUGUUUAAUCAGCAUGAUAAGGCUAGUCUUUCCCAAAGUGAGGAUGUUGAGACAUCAAAGGAGAAGGCUUCUGAAGAUGUUUCUACAACCAAGACAUAGACACGGAGAUGCAGAAGGUGACAGUAACUGGGUGGACAGAGAAGAGGAAAGUGCUCAAGGCAGUGAGGAAGACGAGGGGGAGGGCAGAGAUGUGGCCCUACCCUUACAACCCGGAGUACCAUGACUACAUCCAUCACUACUGCUACUUCAGUCAACAACAUUUUCAGAGCCAUCCAUACACAUUCUAUGCCACCACCCGUGCUUGUAUUUUUGUAAAGAAGAGUUUGGGAGAAGCCGAAGAAGUUUUUGUAAAGAAGUCUUUUGAAUGGAGCUUGAGAAAUUUGUAUUUUUGAGAAUG